GCUCCUCAGAGGUUAACCAGGGUCUGUAAGCAAAGAGCUUAAAGAAGGAGCCCGGCUUAGUGCCUGGGUGUCUCGGGCUGUCCCGGGGACCUUCCAGCAGCCCCUCCCUCCCAAAGGCGAUGCUGGGCAAACAGAGGCAGCCCUCGCCCCCCUCCCCACGCAGCGAGGAGCCGUUGCGGGGGCAAACUGGGCCCGGGCUGGGGCGCAGGGCCACCGCAGGAGAGGGUGUUUCGCCGCCGGCGGGCACAGCGCCAUGGGUAUAUAAACCCCGGAGCCGCGGCCCGGGAGGAUCGCUGAGCGCACCGCGCCGGGCCGUGCGAGGCGGCGGCUGAGCCCCGGUGUGAGGAGCGCGGGAGCAAGCGCCCAUGGGCCGCCUGCUGCUGCUGCUGCUGCUUCAGGCAGUCUGGAAAGGUGCUCUGGGAAAAUCCCAUUCACUGCACACCCGAGGAAUCAUCGAAUUGGCAGGAGCUAUCUCGUGUGGCACGGGACGGUCUCCCUUGGCAUAUAUCGGCUACGGAUGCUACUGUGGACUGGGAGGACGAGGCUGGCCUAAAGAUAAGACAGACUGGUGUUGCCACAGGCACGACUGCUGCUACGACAAGGCAGAAAAGGAAGGCUGCAGCCCCAAGGCACAGCGCUACCAGUGGGCAUGUGAGCAGAACGCGGUGCAGUGCGAUAACCUGACAGACCGGUGUGAAAAAAUGGUGUGCCUGUGUGACCAAGAAGCAGCCAAGUGUUGGGGAGCAGCCCCAUACAACCCACACUUCAUCCUUUGGCCAGAUUUUUUAUGUGGACAGACUCAUCCCACCUGCCAUUUCAGAUAUAAGGGGGCAGAAUAGUCUUUUUAGGACCUUUCUUCUAACCCUCUGAAUUUGAGGGUGCUGGAAUAAAAUUUUACCUCUUUUAUCAGA